AUGGAAGGAUGUUUAUCUUCGAAUUUGAUGGUUCUAGGUACUGGAGCCUUAGAAAUGUACAUGUAUCAAGAAUUUAUAAGGAUUGUACAACAUGUAAAUCAAACAACUACUUCAUUAAAUAAUGAAAAUAAUAAAGAAAAUUUUAGGACUAAAUGCUUACAACUGGCAGAUUAUCUAAUUCAGCAUAAGACUCCACCACGAUAUUAUUUUCAAGGAAAAGAAAAAUGGGAAGGAACACUAAAGGGGAGAUUAAAUUCUUAUUUUACACCCCUUAUUUUAAAAUAUGGUGGAUGUUUUCCUAUUUUAGAUAAUAAUGAAAAACAAAUUUUAGAUUUAAAUUAUAAAGCAUUAAAUUUAUGCGAUGAAAUAAAAAAAAGACAGGAAGAAAUACAAUGCAUUAAAGGAAAACGCAUAAUUUCUGAUAAAUGUGAUGAAACAUGUUCAAAAAAAAUUGAUGAAUAUAAUGCGUGGAUUGAUGAUGAAAAUAUGAAGUUUAACAAUAUGAAAGUACUCAUUGAAAACAAUUGCAAAAUUCGACCACUCCAUUUUCCAACAAUACAAUGUGAUAUACUGAAAAAUGAAACAUUUAAAAAACUUAAUAGAUGCCCUAUUAGGCAUUCAGCUCCCGUGGUAUCGCAAACAUCUGUAGAAAAAAAAAUAAUUUUCUUAGAUGGUGGGCAAAUGUCGGAAAAAAAUCCAUCAAUUCAACAAGCUCCAGUUGAACAAACCCCAAAAAGUUUACAGGGAGAACAAGAACAGGGUGACAAAAAAGCUGAUAAUGUACUAGAAAUUCAACCGAUUCUGGAAUCUGAACCUCCAGUAAUACCGUCAACGGAAGAAACAAUCAUUCCAACUAAAAUUAAUGAAAACACCCCUGUACAAUAUGCAGCAGCUGAUAGAACAAGAACACCAAAAGAUACUGAAUAUGAGAAUCAAAAAUCACAAGAAUAUACAACAGACCUUAAUCCACUUUCUAAAGUUUCAGUUUUACCUAUUCGUCAUGAAAAUACUUCAUCAAUUUCUAUAAGUUCUAAUAAUGAUUUACCUCUACCUAUAGCUCCUUCCCCUAUAUCUGCAGGUUCGCUUAAAAAAAAAAGGAUAAGAAGAAGACAAAUGAAAAUUCUCCGAAUAACACUACCUUUAUAUUCGGACAAAAAAAACAAAUAUAUAGCAGAUGCUCAUCUGAAAAACCAAAUAUAUGGUGAUGAACAAAUAAUUAAAAAAAUAAAAGUACAUGAUCAUAACAUUCAACAAAAUACACACUUGUCAAACAGAAGACAGAAGAGAUCAAAAACUAUUAUAGAAGUACAUAUGCAAAUACUAGAAGAAUUUAGAAAUACAGAAAGUGCAUUAAAAAAAGGAGAAUUUUUGGAAAUAUGCCUAGAAGUGUUCACAAAUGAGGAAUAUAUAGAAUAUCUUAACUCAACAAAAAAUGAUCUUACGGAACAUAUUAAUAGUGAAAAUUAUAUUGAAAAACAAAAAAUUUUAUGGAAUAAAUGGAUAGAAAAACAUAAAAAACUUUCCGAAAUUUUAAAAAAAACAGACUGGCUUAACAAUUUGAAGAAUGAAUGGAAAAAAGAACAAUCAUAUGCAAAAAAAACUGAUAAAUUAGAAGAAAAAUAUCCAAAUGAAAAUGAAAGAAUUCUUUGUUUAGAAAGACAAAAAUAUAUUUGGAGACAGUGGAUAUCAAAAAAGCGCAAGAUAAUAGAGCAACACUUGGAACAGGCUUGGUUUUAUGAAUUGACAGAGGAGUUACGAAAUAUAUUAGCUAAAUAUGAAAAAAAAGAAAAUAAAGAUGACAUAUCAUUAUUAAAUAUAAAAGAAUUGCAUCACAAAGAAAGUUAUGAAGAUUUAUAUAACCGAAUAAAAAAAAAAAUAUUAUCAAAACUGUGUAUAUUGGUACUUAUGAUGAUUUUUGAAGAAUGCGAAAAAGAGGAAUACGUAGAAAAUAUAGAAUCACAUUUCGACAAUUCCAUAAAUGAUUGGAAAGACGAAGAACAAUUAUAUAGAACAUCACGGAACUCGGAAAAUAUUACUAAAAAUAACUUCAAUGAUAACGAAAAUAGUAAAAAUAAAGAAAUAUAUGAUUAUAAAGGAGAUUUCUUAAAACAAGGCAUUGAAGAUUGGACAAAAGAAGAUGAUUAA